AUGCUCAUCCCUUUAACUCCUACUCUCACAGAAAACUCGACAGAAUUGCUGCUACUGUUGCGUCUGCAGAGUGGAGGAGAUAUGGGGAGGAAAAAGAAAUGUGCAGAGGAAAUGGAGGAAGAAGAAACAAGAGCUAGUGAUAUGUCGGAGUAUGUUUAUGCAGAGAAAACGUUUAGUUAUAUAAGAGGAAGCGAUAAGGGGCCAAAGCGGUGGGGAAGCCUUCACAGGGAAUGGGCAGCUUGCAAGAAUGGGAGAAUGCAGUCCCCAGUUGACAUACUCAACUCCCAAGUUGUGGGAGCCGUCUAUGAUUUAAAGAUGAGUUACACCCCAACCACUGCUGUUCUCUCCAAUAAAGGCCAUGUAAUAGAGGUAGGGUGGCUCGGAGAUGCAGGAUCGAUUCAAAUCAAUGGCACAACCUACCGACUCGAACAAUGUCACUGGCAUUCACCUUCUGAGCAUUACAUUGAUGGAAAGAGUUAUGACCUUGAGCUGCACAUGGUUCACAAAAGACACGAUUCAAUGAAACCCGAGAUUGCAGUGGUUGCACUGCUCUUCCAAGUUGGCCGGCCUAAUGAUCUUCUCGGCAAGUUGCACAAAAAUAUAGAAUCUAUAAGUGGUAGAGAAGGAGAACAGGUCGUGGGAACAAUGGAUCCACGAGAGAUUAUAAGGAGCUCGGAGGAGUAUUAUAGAUACAUGGGUUCGCUCACAACCCCUCCAUGCAGUGAAACUGUCAUUUGGACCAUUGAUAGUAGGGUAAGAACUGUAUCAAAAGAACAGGUGAACAUAUUGCAAGAAGCUGUUUAUGAUUAUGCAAGGCAAAAUGCAAGGCCACUGCAACCGCUCAAUGAUCGAAAGAUAUAUCAUCAUACGCCAAGAUGA